CAUCUCCGAGCGGAGGAUGCAGAAGCAAUUAUUACGCGCUGCGUGAUGAGACCUGCCUGAUCUGGCGAGCCCAGUUAUGUACUGCAUGACACCAUCUAGAAAGUACUAAAGCAGCCUGUGCUAUGGGGCAAGAUUUAUGAUCUCCUUCUUGGUUCGCCCCCGUCUGUCGUCUCGCGUGCCACCCGCCCCAUGGCCAUCGCUCCCUCCGACGACAGCGACAGCGCUGCUAGCGCCUGCUUCUCCGACUCUCUUGCCGACACUGACACAGACAUAGAAGUUGACCUCCCGCCCACCUCGCAUGAACCCAAGUCCACUGCACCUAUGGUCGAACAGCAUGUGUCACUCGCACAUUCUGCUUUACAGACAGAGUUUGUCGGUGUGUGCCACCGCGCAUCGCAUGAUGCCGCCGAAGUGCACCAGUUCCGCGGUAUCAAGUACGCGACUGUCCCUAUGCGCUUCCGUAAAUCGGUCAUGCACGAGACUUUCUCGGCCAAUACAGACGCGACUAGGAACGGACCUAUCUGUCCACAAAUUCGGAACCACCGGCUCGAAACGCGGCUUUACGGACUCCCUCACGAAAUUAUUCCUGAGAAGGAGGUGCUGCAGGAGGACGAGUUCGAAUGCACCAAUCUUACAAUCACCCUUCCCGCGCCUGCUUGCAAAUCCAAAGACGGCCUCCUACCCGUGAUGGUUUGGAUUCACGGAGGCGGGAACGUCACUGGUUGCGCGACGGAUUGGAUCUGGGACGCUGGUGCCCUCGUUCGUAGGAGCGUGCAGAUCGAGAAGCCUGUCAUCAUUGUCUCCGUCAACUUCCGCUUGGGUCUAUUCGGGUUUGCUGCCAGCGAGCUCCUUAGAGAGGAUAAUACAUCCGCUGGCGAAGAAGGAGUAGGGAAUUAUGGGCUCCACGACCAGCGAAUGGCUCUUCAAUGGAUUCGAAAAUACAUAUCGGGGUUUGGAGGGGAUCCAUUCAAAGUCACUCUAUUUGGAUCAUCCUGGGGCGCGGCAGAUAUACAUGCCCACCUUCUUUCAUCAGCUAAUCAAGCUGAUGUAUUCGCCCCCCCAGACUCGGAAGGACCCCUCUUUCACCGUGCAAUUCUCCAGUCUGGGGCACUUGUGCCGUCGUCUUCCGUCGUUCAAGAUAUCGGAUCGGCGGGCCAUCACCUCGGGCGAGUUAUGUCCUCCCUUCAUGCAUCAACUAUUGAGCAGCUGCGGGCCGUUCCUGCGUCCAAAAUUGUCUCUGCACAAGGUGAACGAGUUCGGCCUGUUGACGAUGGUGUAUUUUUGCGGCCGGAUUGGCGAACACUUGCACUUCCAUACUCGACCUCGCCGGACACGCCGCGUAGCUGGCGCCAGGAUGUUAUUAUUGGCGAUGUGGCAUGUGAAAGUGUCUUAUGGGCUGCCCCGGCUCGUCUGUGGGCAGCCGAUGCAGUUGCACGUCGUGCCCGAGCAGUUGUUCAGAGCGUCCGGAGGGCAGAUGCACUAAUGCGAGCGUAUGAUAUCGUCGACGGGUCGCCGACGCGUGAGACUGCUGGUUUACAUGGCUGCGCGCUUGAUGACGACGAGACGACAUCCAGCGGCAGCGAAGAGGACAUAGACGAGCUCGCGGAACGUGUCAUGGAGCUUAUGAAUGAUGUUGCUUUUGCAUGGCCAGUGGACGUAUCAGCUCGUUGUGCAGCUGACUCUGCUUUUGUUUACGAAGAACACUCUCCUCCGCAUAUUAGCGCCGACGGUCAUUUAGCGGUUGACACUGGUUAUUUAAGUACCGUCUCAGAGUCAUCGGAGUUAUCAUUUUCCUCUUCGCGUUCUCCUUCGCCCUCACCCUUGCCCUCACCAGGUUCUUCAACGGCAGCAUCUACAUCAAAGCGAUAUCCGAAUGCGCCAUAUGUUUACCGAUAUGUUUUUGACCAGGCAUCUCCCUACACGAACUCACCACAUCAUGGGGUAGACUUGCUCUACCUUUUUGGGAAUGUUCCUUUCCCUGAGGAUCCUGAGCUCACACCAGAGGAGAACCAAGAAGUAAAUUGGGUUCACAUCAAGGUCCGUGAAGAGAUGCAGGAACGUUGGCUGUCGUUCGCAUGGGGACAACGGCCUUGGGAAGCACCUCUUACCCCCCAGCCGCCCGCAGGCGUUGCGGGCAUGACUGACCGCGGUAUCUUUGCAACGGCAAUGCUUGCACCCGUGUCGAGUUUCCCUGGUGGACUCGCGCCAACGCCGAGUACUACGAGUCCUGCGUCAAGUCGAGCAUCGAGUUUCUCUAGCGCUUUCGGAAAUGCGAAUCCAUUCGCCCUCACCCACCUUCAUCAACAUCAAACCCAACAACAGCAACAGCAUCAUCUACAACACCACGUACAAAAUCAGCACCACCACCAUCACCAUCAUCACCACCAUGGAGCGGCGGGUCAACUGUACGGGUCCUCGCAGCCGCCGCCGAUAUCAAUUAGCGAGGCGGACAAGGUCUUUGUGUUUGGACCUGACGGCGAGACGGGUGCACGGAGUGCAGCGAUCUUUGCGGGUAGACGCCGUGUGCAUGCUUGGCGUUCUGCACUUGCCCCACUUGGUCUUGCAACAGCACAGAAAGUCGGCUUGGAACUUGGAAAUGGCCCGCCGUCUCUAGGCUCGCCCCGAGGAUUUUAAAUACCAGGAGUCAUCGUGCACUUGCCUGCCGUAUACGUGCGCUAGGAUGCAAAUAUUUCGGUUUGUUUUCUUGCUUCCACUACUCAAGAUACGCUUUCUCGGUCAAACCCACACCGGUUUUCGGUGUCUUUUCCUCAAAAUAUCAUGCAGCAUUAUCACUGGGCUGUAUAGUCAUUUCCCCCCUUUCCCCUGGUAUAGACAUAGGACCUUCAUAAUCAAUUCAGCUGUCCUUUGUCUGGGUCGUCAGCAUGAACAAAUUUGUAUAACAUAUGCUCUUCCUUGCUGUAAAGUCCAGUGUUGUCCCAAAUGAGGAUUUAUUAAUUGUAUUCUUUGUCUGACCUGUGUCGAGCGUUUUCGCUUGCAUGUUCGCUAAUAGUAGUAGUUUGUACAUUAGUCGGUCCUCAGAGUUUAAAUGGGAAAUCGAGAUAAAUUUAUG